UAUAGCUGUGCUGUCCAUGGGGCUGGCCGUAGCUGUGCUGCUGCUGUCACACAGUGUGCAGAGCGCUCGGUGCAGUCACUCUGUGCUCCGCUGCUGAACGCGUCCAGACACAUCUCCUGCACUGUAACCCGUAGUCCUGGAAGAACCGCAUUACGCCCCCUGGACCGCUCUUCCCGCUCCCUCUGCCCCCAGAAGUGUGGAUGUGUUCGGGUGCUGAGGAGACAUUCCUGGCGGGAAUGAUGUUUUCCCCAUGGAGCUGAUCUGUCCGGGAAGCUGAACGCUGCGCAGGGAUCGCUGAGGAUUAGAAGAAGUAAAGUUAUGUAUGCGCCUUCAUGCCGGUCCUUCUGCUCGGUCUACAGUAGUGUCUGGAGGCGGCCACUAAAGCAACAUAUUGCCAUGGAGCUGAGGGGGUCUGGGCAGGAGCCGAGUUCCAUGCUGUUGCUGUUUGUGCUGAUGAAAUCUUAAUGCACGUACGCAAAGCAGCAGCAGCUCCUCAGCUGUGAGAGGGAAGCCCGUCCAGCGGCGGAAGAGCAGCGAUCCAGAAGAGGACACCAUGAAAGCUCUGCUCACUCUUGGAUAUGUAUAAAUUGCAUUGAUGUUUUUGCUUUGUCUGAUGUGCUGCUGGGAAUCCUGUCUUGACCAUUGUCCAUCCUGUACCAUGGGAGAAAAUCUGGGGGAACUCUCCUUUUACUCUCCCUAAACCAUGGGUCCUCUGGCACCAAGGAUGGGCUAACCACAGACUCCUAACCUUUUGGCUUUUAAAUUGUCCAGCUAAUCCUCAUAGGAUUAACCCUUCAGACCUCAUGGCAGCAACCUGAUCCAGUUCCUAGUGGAGUGGCACACUUUAAGCCUGAAGUUGGGGGAUGGCUCUACAUAUCUCUGCAGUCUCCAUGAUUUUCUUUGCAAUCAUGGCUUCAGCAUCUUCAGCUUCAAUCAACCAAGAAGACUACCCUGCCGAUGAAGGAGAACAGGCCUCCAGCAAUGACAACCUAAUAUUUGAUGACUACAGGGGUAAAGGCUGUGUGGACGACAGUGGUUUUGUGUAUAAGCUAGGAGAGAGAUUUUUCCCAGGUCACUCUAACUGUCCUUGUGUAUGUACAGAGGAUGGACCGGUUUGUGAUCAGCCGGAAUGCCCUAAAAUUCACCCAAAAUGCACUAAAGUGGAACAUAAUGGAUGUUGUCCAGAGUGUAAGGAGGUGAAAAACUUUUGUGAAUAUCAUGGAAAAACGUACAAAAUCCUGGAAGAGUUUAAGCCUUCUCCGUGUGAAUGGUGCCGGUGUGAGCCCAGCAAUGAAGUCCACUGUGUUGUAGCGGAUUGUGCAGUGCCAGAGUGUGUAAAUCCCGUGUAUGAACCUGAACAGUGCUGCCCGGUCUGCAAGAACGGGCCUAACUGCUUUGCAGGCACCACUAUCAUCCCAGCAGGGAUCGAAGUCAAAGUGGAUGAUUGUAACAUUUGUCACUGCCACAACGGGGACUGGUGGAAACCAGCACAGUGUUCAAAACGAGAGUGCCAUGGGAAGCAAACCCUAUAGACAUGCUGUGCCUAUACCAGACAUAUAAGGGGCUGCCUCUACGUCCAAGCCUGUUGACUAAUGAAAAACGGAUACUCCUUAUGUAAAGGUGUUACAUUGUGCUGGACCCAACUGAACUGUGUACACGCAACAAAACUUCACAUACUGAGCUCCGCAUCACAUAUUGUCCUACUCUAGGGGGGUGGCUUCAAUUUUUUGACAAGGUUUAACCAAACAGAACGCUGAGACUUUCUAGUGUGACACUGAGGAAACGUUGGUUCCAUUUCGUCGAUUCCAAACCAGACCGCCUGACAAUCUUUUCUUUCUUUCUAGUCUCUGUUACUUCCAGCCAUAUUUUGUUACCAUUGAAUUCUUUUAUGAAAAAAUAUACAAAAAUAGACCAGUGUUUAGCUACAGUAAAAUCUAAUUUAAAAACAAUACAUUCAGUGCCAAACUUAAAUGAAAAUGCAAAACAAAGUAUAGUAUGGUACCCAAGAAACAAUUGAUGCUUAGUCUGUCCAGUCUACGAGAGUAUUGUAGACCAUUUGGGGUAGUGAUGAGAUCACAUAACACACCUCAACAUUUAUGGCAGUAAAGUAGGGGUAUUUUUUAAUAAAUAAACCAUUACCUCAUUAUUUAUUGCAUUUGUAUUACACAGGGGUAGUACGCCAGUUGGGCUUUACUGCACUUUAGCAUAUCAUAAAUAUAUUGCAUAAAAUAUGUUCCCUGGGUAUUUCCAAAACAACCCAGUUCUUUUGUAACACACAAAGCCUAAACUAAUAUAAUAUAAACAGAUAUAUAUUUCGUAAAGUAAAGUAAGUACUAAUAGCAAUCACAAAUAUUGAUGUGUUUAGUACUGUUUAUAUUUCACCUCGAGCACAAGGUAUGCAUUAUUAUCUAGAUAAACACUAUGUAUAUUUGGUUAGCUAUAUAUUUGCCUACAUCACAGGACCACAUCGACAAGGCAUUGACUAGUUUAAGGUGUUUAACAGGUACUGACGAAUAUAGUAGCAGUCAAUUAAAGAAUUUUUGUUUUUUGUCAUAGUCUCCCAAAAGAAAACAACUAUCCGGGGACUAACCUUUCCACUAAAAAAUAUGUCACCAGCAGUGCUGUGAUCAAUGCUUUGGGUCAUCUACUAGCUAUAAUCCAUCCUUUAGUGACCAUACCAUUGGUACGAAGAGCAUUAAUAUAUCUUUUCCAAAUAUCAGAUCUUUUAUCUGACUAGAGCAUCAUGGGCAAAUAAUGUUUUCUCCAGAUCACAUACUUUUUUGGUGAAAGGAGCCUAACAAAUUUCCUUACAUAUCUUAGGUAUAGUCACAAGAGCGUAUCCAUUCAUGCCAAUGGCUUGUAACUUUACGUUGUUCCCAAGGUAUUUGUAGAAAAAAUCUACAGCAGUAAAGUCCACUUCUAAACAUUUUAAAUACUUUUGAGAACAAAUAUAAUUUCGUUUUUAAGCUGCUUUUUCCACUUUUUACAGUUUUGGCAUUGAAAAAGUUGCAAGUUCCUUUUUGCCACUUUUUGAUCUACUAUUACUUAUAGGAGAUAUCCAGUACUGACAAACUUAUCCCCUAUCCUAAGUAUAGAGGAUAAGUUUCAAAUCGCGGCGGGUUCGACCACUGGGGCUCGGUACAGGGCCCUGGCAGCCCGCGGGAAGGGGGAGUGUUGACCACCACACGAAGUGGUGGCUGACACUCCCCCUCAAUACAACUCUAUGGCAAAGCCGGAGCGCUGUCUUCGGCAAUCUCCGGGUCUGCCAUAGCGAUGUACAGUGCUGCAUAGCUUCGUGCGGUGGUCAACACCCGCUAUCUGGCCAGCGAGCGGGGCCAGUACAGGAGAUCGCGGGGGGGCCCCAGCGGUCGGACCCCCCGCGAUCUGAAACUUAUCUCCUAUCCUUAGGAUGGGGGAUAGGUUUUUCAGCACUGGACAACUCCUUUAAAGCUUUGACUACUAGGUAUGCUAUUUUAUUUGAAAAUUAGUAUAAAUUAUGACUGUAUUAUUAUAUGAUCAUACUCUGAUCAUGCUAAAUAUUAUCUAAUUCCUAGUUAUUCAGAUUUCUUUAACAAAUGCAGUUAUCUUAUAAACAAUAUAAAAUAUUAUACAGAUGAUUCUUCCUGCGUAGUAUUUACUGCUAAAAUUAUGACCAUGGCAGUAUCUAGACUCUAUGGUGCCCUGGGCAAAUGUGACUAAUGAUUCCCUACCAGACAGGGAUGGCCAAUUUACAUUAUCCAUUAACAUUCUGCAAACAAAGUGCUUUUGUAGUAUUGGGUAAACAAAUCUCAUGUUGAGAUGAGCUCAUUUGAAAUGUUUAUGUUUUACAAUAUAAACUUUUACCCAAUAGCUAAUACUUCUCUAUAUAAUAAAUAGGGUCUCCUAGCAGAAUAUCAUGGUGGCAAUCUGCCAGCAUACCAGUUAUGCCCACUAACCGGUCAUAACACAAUAAUGUAAUUUUUGGACAGUAAUGUAUCUGCAUGCAGUAGUUGGGCCAUGUGAUACCCCACAUAAUAUUGUCUUUCAGGGUUUGCCAAAAAAGUGAACAGUACAUAAAUUUGCUCACAUAUUAGUGUAAGUCACAUAAGAGUACCCAUAAAACAAUGCUGCAAAUAUAUUAGUGCCAGUUAUGUAGUAUUGUCUUGUAUCACAAGCCACAUAUUAGUGCCUGUAAAGCAGUGUCAGCUAAAUGUCAGCAGUAGCAAACAUAGCACCCAAACCGUGCCAAACAUAUGGCAGUGCCAAAUAAUUCUUCACCAUGUAGAAGUGCCUAAAAAGUGGUCAUAUAUUUGUGAUUGUUAUUUACACAGUUGAUUAGAGAAAGAUGUAAGAAUGAAACAAAAGCUUCUGAAUCCCAUGACAUUUAAUAAAAUGGAAUUAUGAAACUAGAUGAAAUUUCUUUCUGACUAAUCUCAGCAACAUGUAUCCUAUAAGUAGGCUAAAAAAUAAGCCUAUGAAAAUUAUAAAGAGCGGGAUGCCAUUGUAUGAAGAAUGUGGUCCACCACUGAGAUGAAUGGAAUGUUUGACAAUAUAAUAAGUUCUGUGAUACACCCCAACUUACCUAAAUGGGCUUAUAUACAUAUGAUUUUACAACACUAUCCAAGUUUUUUAUUUCGUGGACAAAAGUGAACAUUAGGCCCUUUAAGUCACCAGGGCCUGGGUGCCAUUGCUACUUUUGCAUCCUUGGACUAUGAAGAAAAUUGUAUGACAGACAACCACGUGCAACACCGCUGUUUGUUGUAUUCUGUUAAAAUGUUUUAUUUGGUUGUUCAAUAACAUUGUGAUAAAAAAAAAAAAAAAAAAAAACAUUUUAAUCAAUGUGUUUUUUCUGUCUUUGAAAAUCCCUUUUUGCUAGGGAGGUUCUCAAAGAUGAGCUUUAUCUCUCCUACUCACCUUCUCCUAUCCCUCUGCAGCUUCAGUUCUCCCGCUCCUGGUUCCUACUCACCACUAAUGCUUCCUGGUGACCCACCUCAGCCAAGGAUUGGCUGAGCAAGGCAGUUUCUAUUGGGUUAAUGCAUCACAGCAACCAGGAAGAAGAAGUGAUGAGCGGGGACUUGAGCAUCGGAAUGGUAGUGGCAGAGGAUCAGAGGAGGUGAGUAUCACUUCUUUUUUUGUUUUACCACCGUCAGCCAUAUUAAAAAAAAAUUAUAUAUAUGUAUAUAUAUAUAUAUAUAUAUAUAUAUAUACUAUUAAAACCUUAUUAAAUCACUUUUCAAACUUCAACUUUGAAAUAUAUUUUCAAUCUUUUAACUCAUAUAAAGUAAGAUGCCACGAAAUGUGUAAAUAAUGAUACAAAAAUAGUUUACUGUGCCAUUGUUUGAAAGUCCUAAAGAUGAACCAUACACAGUACAGGAUUAAAAUCUCAGGAGUCUGUAGGCAAAGAAACAUGCUCUUAAAGUAUUCUUAUGUAAAUGGUCUCUAAAGCAGCUGUCCUACAGACAUGGUCCCACAGUGAGUAGUAAAAUUGUCCCUAACCAUAAUUUCCUAUUCCCUACUUAAAGAUAAUUCUACGACUAAACAAAUAUUUUUUUCUGUUUUCACUCUAGAUAAUAUGCUAAUAGUUAUCAGGAAUGUGACAUAAAAAAUAUGGAUAAAUGAUGACUCUUUUUUACCAAUAAUAAUGACUUUGUGUAGCCCAGUCUAUUUUUGUGUAAUUUAUUCUAUUUACGCAGUUUCAUAUAGAUUUCACCUCUUAUACUUACAGCCGUACAUCAUAAGCUGAUAUAAACUAUAAUCAUUUAUGUAUCUGAUGUUCUCAGUUAAUGCAACUGCCUGUUAUUGUGAUUAUUUUGAAAUAUUUCUGUAUGUAUUUUUCCAUAUACCUGUAUGCCUUUAUUUUGCUUUCGGUUAUCUUCUGCUAAACCUCAUAGACAGAGAACUCAACUUUUCAGUGUCAGUGGGCAGCAACAAAAGCAUGCCUAUGAACCCUGAUGCAAAGCCACCUUGUCUAUACAGAGAUGUUCCAUAUGAAAAAUACUUGAUGCAUUACAAAAAUAUAUUAAAAUAUUUUGUUAAUUAUAAAAGUGUCCAGUACAACAAUAAUAAUUUUC